AAAAUCGAUAAAAAAACUGGAAACGGAGACGACAACAACUGAUUUCACGUGUGUCAUGGUGUUUUGUGCCUCACCGCUGGUACCGGCGAUUUCGUGCCCAGCAACGCCUCCUAGCGUGUAUCCAGUUUCCUGCCAGUCACAGUUUUUUUCAAACACGGCUGUCAUACCAAUUGCUACAUCGCCAACAUGGAAGCAGUCCUUUGGAAUGGAACAUGUGUGGCAGGUGGAAUUCCAACGGCUUUUUGCCCAGUAUUUUCCCCACCUGUGGUUCUUAUCACCGGUAGAAGAGAAGCCGACCGGUCCGUGGAAUGUAUUUGUUGAUUCUGCUAAAGUCCGCUUUUGUUGUGAGGUCUUAGCGAACGUCUACAACCGAGUGGGGCAGGUUUAUUACGGUUUCUAUCUGCCUCCAAUCCACAGAAGCCGCCGACCAGGAAAGCCUCGUACGCCGCACAACAGCGACCUCUGCCAGGCAUGUAAAGACGGUGUGUGUACCGAACGAAGAUGAUAAGACGACUCGAGGUAACCCAAGCAACAAUGUGAUCGUCAGUUGAAAGAAAACAAAUUAUAUAGAAUAAAAUAACCCGAAAACAUAAGGCCCUUGCCUUCUAAAAUGGCGGGUGAUAAAUCGGCGAAAAACCUGAGAGGAAUUGUGAAAAAAAAAAUAAAAACACCACGCUUGUUAUUCGAUCUUUCAAACUCAAUUUCAAUAUUUUGGGUUUUUUUUUUCCUAUUCAAAAUAAGUUUUAUCGCUUUUAGAAGAUAGGGCAUACAAUAUAGUGUUUUUUUAUUAUAUUUGUUUUUAGUUUUUUAUUUCAGUUAUUAUUAUUUUGUCAUGACCACAUUAAUUGUGAUUGUAUCUGCUUUAACGUCAAGAGUCAUUGAUUUAUUCUGUAAUAUCUAUUUGGCUUCGGAGUAAAGAUUUUAUUGUGUAUAUUAAAAUAACGAUUACAAUUAAUUUAUCUCUAGGUUUUUCAAGAAAUAUUAACUUCAAAAAAUUUAUUUCAAUGAAAUAUUGAUAAUGAAAAUAUAAAACUUGGGUCUUUAAGAAUAUAGUGUGUAAUAUUGUCAAAUAGAAAAAUGAAAGAGGGCGCUGCUAUGUGUGUUUUGGGCAAACGGGAAUUUCUCCCUGGAUACGCCACUGAGAACGUUAGUCCUAUAAAUAACUUCUUUUUUUUUAAUUACUGUACAGAAUAUAAAAUGAAAUAUUCUUUUUUGUUUAAAAAUUACAAUAUUUUAAAGUAGUUGAGAUAUUUACGGACGAAAAAGUGAAGCCCUAUGAAGAACUAAAUACGUUUAAUGUUUGUUAUUGUACGACAAUAUAGACAUCUUUUCAAAAUGCGAACCAUCUUAGUUUUAAAGUAUUAUCAAUAUGAAGUUUAAUUUGUUUACCUAAUACACGCACUAAACUAAUGUUGUUGCUGUUGCCAAGUGAUUGCUAGUAUUAUUUUUACAAGAAAUGUGUCGCUUCCAUUGUUAAUAAUGUGUACCAACAGUUUAGAAAUUACCCCUGGAGGCCAUUAGAGAAAUUUUUUCCCCCCUCUGCAGAACCUAUACUAAUGUUAGGUAAGUAAAUAAUAACAUAAAUAAAAUAUAGUCAAGUUUUCGACUGUUUCGUGUAAUAUUACGGUGGGAUGGGAUGUAAAGAGAUGAUUCAUUUCUGGCCCUGUUCGUAAAUAGACCUUUCACGAGGUCCAACUGUAUCUCAGGCCGACUCCCGGAUUCCAAUAGUGAUCAUUUUUGUAUAUCUCAAUAAGAGAGGCUAUACGAGCUGGAACUGAAUAUCAUGAGACGAGUCUUUGGGCACAAUAAAGGAUUCCAAUAGUGAUCAUUUUUGUAUAUCUCAAUAAGAGAGGCUAUACGAGCUGGAACUGAAUAUCAUGAGACGAGUUAUUGGGCACAAUGAAGGAUUAACUUUAUAUGUCCCACAAGUGGACCUUUUACGAGUUGAGUUUUGCGGGCUCCUGGGGCAGUUGCCUCUGUUGCCUCCACCUAUAUGUACGAUACUGUGACCUAUUAAAGAGGUCUCAGAAAAUAUAGUCGUGUAAGCAAGGACCGAGUGAGACAUUUUUUUUUUUAAAUAUACACCCCAUCGUAACAAACGGCCAUGUUGGCAGCCAGCCGAUUUUCGGUUGGAGCAUUUUCAUCAUUUCGAUUAAAUGAAUUGUCAUUUUGGAUAUAAGGAUUGUUUUUAAGUGUGUAUAAAAAAAGACUGUAAAAAUCGUGAUCUGAAUUCAUUUAAAAAUAAUACAUAAACUUUGUCAGUACACUAACUCUGAAGUUUUGUACUGGUUGUUUUACGCGAGAAAUCACUGUCAGCUAUACUGUUCCAAAACAUAUAUAUAUGAUAUAUACUAGCUAUAGUACUCGUCCCCUGGACGAAAUAUAUGAUUAAUGAAAGGUUAUCUUAAGACAUGAA